AUGUCGGAUAACCAACAAUGGAAUGAUAUAUCAUCGUUUGAUUUUGAUGAUUUAUUUUCAUUAAUUGAUGAUUUUAAUUCUCAAAAUGAAUUCGAUCAAUAUAUAAUAUUACAUGAUGAUAUUAUCGAAGAAAUGAUGUUGUCAUCAUCUGAAACUAAUCAAUCUCAACUACAAAUAUUAUCAGAGAAUAAUUCAACACAAGAGUUUCAACUACCGAGUCUAAAAUGUUGUGUUUGUGGUGAUUUAGCUCGCGGCUAUAAUUUUAGUCAAAUCACUUGUGCACCAUGUAAAGCAUUUUUUCGUCGAAAUGCAUUACAAGAUAUGUCUCAGCUAAGAUGUCAGCUUUCUGGCAACUGUAUUAUUAAUAUUAAUACACGUCGUCAAUGUGCAUAUUGUCGAUUAAAAAAGUGUUUUGAUAUUAAAAUGUGUAAAGAAUUGAUUCUUACGGAAGAAGAAAAAAAAGCACGACAUUUCUUAAAAUUAGCAAAAGAACAAUUGAAUAUGAUUGACCCAUCAAAUAAUCAACAAUCUCUUAUCACUCUUCCAACAGUUGUACGAAAGAAAAAACGUUUAAUGAUAAAAUCAACAAGCCAAGAAGUUAUUACAUAUCCAAUUUAUAAAAUGCAUUAUUUUGGUUAUAAUCAUAUUCUAUAUGAUGAUGAUCGAACAUUAUUAAAUAAUAUAAAUAAUGUUUAUCAAUCAAUAGUGGAUAAAAAUGAUUAUUCUUAUAUUAAUAAAUAUACAUCAUCGACAACUCUUUCGCAACAAUUAGAUAUGAAUGAUCAAAUUCUGUUAAUCAAAUCUAAUUUUAUUAAUAUUAUACAUUUACAUCAUGUGAUAGUAUAUAACUUUCAAGAUUGUUCAAAUCUUGAUAAACGUAUAUCUAAAUGGAUCAGUAAAGAUUUUGAUUAUCAAAUAUUACGAACACGUCGAUAUUUCUAUCGUUUUAUGAAUUGUUCAUUACUAUUAAAACUUGCAUUAGUUGUUUUUAUCUUCAGUAUUAAUUUAUCGGCAUCGUUCGAUAUUAAUCAAUCUUAUCAAUAUAAAAAUAAGAGAAUACUGUUUGAAUUUCAAAAUUUUUAUACAAAUAUUCUUUGGCGUUAUUUAAAUUAUUUAUUUGAUGAAAAAGAAGCAAUACAAAUAAUGCAAAUAAUAGUUAUGCAAAUUUUACGUUAUCAACUAUUAAUGGUUACAAUGAUGAAUUCUGUACGACAAAGUUCAGAUUGUUAUCAAUUUCAUUCAUUAAUGCAAUCUAUACUUGGACUUACUUAA